AUGGGGUAUUCGUUGCAGAUUGUGUCGGAGAUGAAGUCGUCAGCGACGAUGAAUCGCGACUCGAAGAUUCUGAUGAAACUUGCUCUUCGGACGCUGUUGGGCCACUACGGUUGCCCCGUGACCGACGGGAAGUUGGUGAAAAUCUUGCCUGACCAUGUCGACGAGGUGGAUCAGCGAGACUUGCGUUUAGAGCUGAAGUUACACCUCGGGGGUCUAUCCGACGAGCCAUUGAGCCGGCGUGGCGUAACUGGGGUUCGUUUGAGAAAGUGA